AUGGGGGACAAAAGCCAAUACCAGCACCUGCCCAUCCCUACCUAUGAGGAGGCCACUUCAUCCCGUCCUACUUCCUCCCAAUCCAGACUCGGUCCAGAAGAGAUCAGCGACGAUGCGGAGAGGCAAGGUCUCCUUGGGUCCUUGGGAAACUAUCACCCCCCAACGGUCGAGUCUGCGCGACCGAGUCUCGAUUCCCUCGACGGUAUCGAGCAAGAUGGCGAAGAUGAGGUGCGCAGAGAGAUGCAGCAGAUGGACGUGGAAGACCCCCUGAGCGACUCCUCCCAUCGCUCCCUCCUUCGAUACCGCCUCUCCAAGAGUUUCACCAACCUGACCAACUCGUUCUCCUCCUUAACCCUCCCCUCCUUUCGCCAGUACCUCUCCAAGAUUUCAUGGCCGCGAAUAAACUAUCAACAGUUCGAUGCGAACCGCGUCGUCAUCAUUGGGCGACUCUUCGGUGUUUUCUUGAUCAUGGGUGUUCUUUAUGUACUUAUAGCGUCGGACGUUCUGUCAUUUACAAAGAAUCGCAUGGGAAUGGGCCAGAUAUACGACCCCGAGUCUAUCAGAAUAUUUGUACAGAACCAUAUGAACGAUCAUGGAGAUAUGCAAAAGUAUCUGGAGCACAUAACGGACUUUCCCCAUAUCGCGGGGACCGAGGGCAAUUAUGUCCUGGGAGAAUGGGUGGCCGAGCUAUUCAAAGCCGGUGAAUUGGAAGACGUGGAAAUGGAGAGAUACGAGGUCUAUCUCAACUACCCACGGAGAGACGGGAGGAGAGUAGCGAUUGUCGAGCCGGACAGUAUGAAAUGGGAGGCUAGAUUGGAAGAGGAUCAAGAGGAGUCUCUGGUGUUUCAUGGUCAUUCGAAGUCGGGCGAUGUGACGGGUCCACUGAUAUACGCCAACUUCGGGUCGAGGGAGGACUUCAAGACGCUCGAAGAUAACAACAUAUCCGUCAAGGAUGCCGUCGUCCUCGUUCGCUAUUAUGGCACUCAAGGAGACCGGGCGCUGAAAGUCAAAGCCGCAGAACUUGCCGGCGCUGCGGGAUGUAUCAUCUACUCUGAUCCUGCCCAAGAUGGCUACGUCCAGGGACCGACGUUUCCAGACGGGCGAUUUAUGCCGCAAGAUGCUGUACAGCGGGGCGCUGUCAGCCUCAUGUCCUGGGUGGUUGGAGAUGUUCUCACUCCCGGAUGGGCUUCAACGCCAGAUAACAAGAAACAUCUCAAACCCGAGGAGAGCGCCGGUCUCAACAAGAUCCCGUCCAUUCCCAUCUCCUGGGAGGAUGCGAAGCAGCUACUCGAGUCCCUUAAAGGACACGGCAGUCAGAUGAAGGAUGGCUGGCAAGGAGUUCCUGACUUUGAAUACUGGACGGGGAAUCAGGAGUCUCCGAAAGUCAACCUCAAGAAUCUCCAGGAUGAAGAGCAGAAGCAACCCAUCUACAACGUGUUGGGCAAGAUCACAGGUUGGGAACAGCCCGAGAAGAAGAUAGUGGUGGGCAACCACCGCGAUGCAUGGUGCACAGGCGCCGCCGAUCCCGGCAGCGGCACGGCCGUCAUGCUCGAAGUCGUCCGGAUCUUUGGUGAACUGCGUCGACUAGGUUGGCGGCCACUCCGCACAAUCGAAUUCGCCAGCUGGGACGGGGAGGAGUACAACCUGAUCGGCAGCACCGAGUAUGUCGAGAGUCGUGAAGACCAGUUGCGUGAAGAUGGAAUCGGCUACCUCAAUGUCGAUGUCGGAGUGACCGGUACCGACUUCCACGCCGCCGCUUCUCCCCUGUACGAACGGCCCCUUAUGCACGUUAUCAACCGCGUCAGUGAUCCUUCCACUGGGAAAUCUAUCCGCGAACUCUGGGACGCCGAUAGUCGAAGAAUUGAAGGCCUCGGCGCAGGAAGCGACUUUGUUGCCUUUCAAGACAUCGUUGGCACCUCGUCGAUUGACAUGUUUUUCAAGGGAGCUAGAUUCCCCUACCAUUCUUGCUAUGAUAACUUCGAGUGGAUGGCCAAGUUCGGUGACCCAGACUGGUCAUACCAUAAGACCAUGGGUGAGAUUUGGGCGCUCCUCAUUCUGGAGUUGGCCGAUAGGCCGCUCAUUCCCUUCGACAUCAGCGCCUACUCUAGGGCUAUCGAGAGGUAUAUCGACGACCUGAAAGCGUAUGCGGAGUCAGCACCUACAGCAGCCGACGCAAACACUCUCGAUCUCUCCCCCUUGCGGAAGGCAGCGGAACUCCUUGCUCAGGAGGCCCUGCGCUUCCACACUUUCGACUCGGCCUGGCGUGACUUCAUCUUCGGCUCCGGAGGUUUCGAAUCGUCGACCAUGGGCCUCGCUCGCUUGGAUCACAACAAUCGCCUCACACGUUUUGAGACAGAUCUUCUUGACCUGAGCGAUGGCGGAGGACUGGCCAACCGAACACAGUUCAAACAUGUCAUAUUUGCCCCGCAGCUGUGGAGUGGAUAUGACGAUGCGACAUUCCCCAGUGUGAGAGAUGCCAUCAACGACGGAAACUGGGUUUUGGCGCAAGCCGAGGUCGAGAAAGUGGCGGGCAUACUGGAAGUGGCAGCAGGAAAGCUGAACUCAUAA